GUCAUGUGAUCAGCUGUGUCCAAUCACAGCUGAUCACAUGUGACAUGUACACAGAUCAUCAGGGCACUGAUGAUCAGUGUGCCCUGAUGAUCAGUGUAGCCCCAGAAGUGCCACCUGUCAGUGUCCAUCAGUGCCUUAUGUCAGUGCUCAUCAGUGCCUCGUGCCAGUGCCCAUCAGUGCCACAUCAGUGCCACAUAUCAGUGCCUACCAGUGCACAUCAAUGCCACAUAGUGCCCAUCUGAGCUGCUUUUCAAUGUCACCCAUCAGUGCCAGUUAGUGCCACCUAUCAAUGCCAAUCAGUGCCAUCUAUCAGUGCUGCCAAUCAGUG